GCCCCUCCGCCCCCUUAACCUUUAGGGUGCGCGGCGCCCCGCCUCUCCCCUGCCGGGUCCGCGGACAGGAGCGAAGAUGGCGGCGGUCGGCGCGGCCUCAGCGGACCUGGUGAUCGGCUGGUGCAUCUUCGGCCUCCUGCUCCUGGCUGUUUUGGCAUUCUGCUGGAUAUAUGUUCGUAAAUACCAAAGUCAGAGGGAAAGUGAAGUUGUCUCCACCAUAACAGCAAUUUUUUCUCUGGCGAUUGCUCUGAUCACAUCAGCACUUCUACCAGUGGAUAUAUUUUUGGUUUCUUACAUGAAAAAUCAAAAUGGUACAUUUAAGGACUGGGCUAAUGCUAAUGUCAGCAGACAGAUCGAGGACACUGUGUUGUAUGCUUACUAUACCUUAUAUUCUGUUAUAUUAUUCUGUGUGUUCUUCUGGAUCCCUUUUGUCUACUUCUAUUAUGAAGAAAAGGAUGAUGAUGAUACUGGUAAAUGCACUCAAGUUAAAACGGCCCUCAAAUAUACUGUGGGGUUUGCUGUGAUCUGUGCACUUCUUCUUUUAGUCGGUGCUUUUGUUCCAUUGAAUGUUCCCAAUAAAAAAAAUUCUACAGAGUGGGAAAAAGUGAAGUUCCUGUUUGAAGAACUUGGAAGUAGUCACGGUUUAGCUGCCUUGUCAUUUUCCAUUAGUUCUCUGACCUUGAUCGGAAUGUUGGCAGCUAUAACUUAUACAGCUUAUGGCAUGUCGGCAUUACCUUUAAAUCUGAUCAAAGGUACCAGAAGUGCUGCUUAUGAACGUUUGGAAAACACUGAGGACAUCGAAGAAGUGGAGCAGCACAUUCAAACGAUUAAAUCAAAGAGCAAAGAUGGUCGACCUUUGCCAGCAAGGGAUAAACGCGCCUUAAAACAGUUUGAAGAAAGGUUGCGAACACUUAGGAAGAGAGAGAGGCACUUGGAGUUCAUUGAAAACAGCUGGUGGACGAAGUUUUGUGGCGCUCUGCGUCCCCUGAAGAUCAUUUGGGGAAUAUUUUUCAUCUUAGUUGCAUUGCUGUUUGUAAUUUCUCUCUUCCUGUCAAAUUUGGAUAAAGCUCUCCAUUCAACUGGAAUAGAUUCUGGUUUCAUAAUUUUUGGAGCUAACCUGAGUAAUCCACUGAAUAUGCUUUUGCCUUUACUGCAAACAGUUUUUCCUCUUGAUUAUAUUCUUAUAACAAUUAUUAUUAUGUACUUUAUUUUUACUUCAAUGGCGGGGAUUCGAAAUAUUGGCAUAUGGUUCUUUUGGAUUAGAUUGUAUAAAAUCAGAAGAGGUAGGACCCGGCCCCAGGCACUCCUCUUUCUCUGCAUGAUUCUUCUGCUGAUUGUCCUUCACACUAGCUAUAUGAUUUACAGUCUUGCUCCCCAGUAUGUCAUGUACGGAAGCCAAAAUUACUUAAUAGAGAGCAAUAUAACUUAUGGUGGCCGUAACAGGAAUUCAACCCUUUCUGUGCCAAAAAGAUGUGAUGCAGAUGCCCCUGAAGAUCAGUGCACUGUUACCCGGACGUACCUCUUCCUUCACAAGUUCUGGUUCUUCAGUGCUGCAUACUAUUUUGGUAACUGGGCCUUUCUUGGGGUCUUCUUGAUUGGAUUGAUCGUGUCCUGUUGUAAAGGGAAGAAGUCCGUGAUUGAAGGGGCAGACGAGGACGAUUCCGACAUCAGCGACGAUGAGCCCUCCGUCUAUUCCGUCUGACAGCCUCCGUCUUAAAGGUUUUAUAAAGCUGACUAAAUAUCUGUUGUGCAUUUUUAAAGUGUUAAACUAAUGUUAGGAUGAACUGACUAGCUUUCAUCAAAAAUGGGAGCAUGGCUAUUAAAAAAAACUAUAUUUUUUAUGUUUUCUGAAGUAACAUUAUUGUAUCAUAGAUUACCAUUUAAAAUUGCUGUAAUAAUACUAUGUAAAUAUAAAACUACUGGCUUUAUGAGGGAAUGUUUGUGGAAAUUUUUUUUCCUCUAGUGUAUAAUAGUGUUGAAUUGAUUAAAAAUCUUCCAGAAUUAAUAUUCUCUUUUGUCACUUUUUAAAAACCUAAUAAAUUACUUGUAUCUGUG